AUGGCACCCAUCGCAGUCACAGCACCCGCCGACCAGGUCUCUGCACCUGUCGUCAAGAACGGCACCAUGAACGGCACCACCACAACCCCCGCCUCCUCGUCCUCGUUCGGCCCCAACACGUGCGCCGCCCUUCACGGUGCCAAGGACCUUCGCAUCGAGGAGCGCACCUACACCCCUCCCACCGGCGAUGAAGUCCAGAUUCGCGUCCGUGCCACCGGUCUCUGCGGCUCCGACCUGCACUACUACCUCCACGGCCGCAACGGCGACUUUGCACUCCAGCACUCCAUGUGUCUCGGUCACGAGUCUGCGGGCGAGAUCGUCGCUCUGGGACCCAACGUCCCUGCCUCGGCCUCUCUCUCGGUCGGCGACCGGGUUGCCAUCGAAGCCGGUCGCUUCUGCGGUUCCUGCCCGAAAUGCCGCGAUGGUCGCUACAACCUUUGCAAGCAGAUGCGUUUCGCCUCUUCCGCCAAGACCCACCCCCACUUGGACGGUACGCUGCAGAAGUACAUGAACUGGCCCUCUUGGCUCGUGCACAAGUUGCCGGCCAACGUGAGUCUCACCAGUGCAGCGUUGUGCGAGCCGCUGAGCGUCGUGUUGCAGGGGAUUCGACGGAGUGCGUUGCAGCCGGGACAGAGUGUCUUGGUGUAUGGCGCGGGGGCGGUGGGGUUGUUGGCAUGUGCGGCGGCUAAGGCGAGCGGUGCGAGUUUCGUUGCGGCGGUGGACAUCGAUGAGGGUAGGCUGGCGUUUGCUGCUGCCAACGGGUGGGCUGAUGCUACCUACCUCCUGCCGCGUGGUGCACCUCCUGCGGCGGUGGAAGAGAGUGAUGCUCGUGCCCGCCGCACGGCCGAGGACAAAGCUGCCAUCAGCGCAGCCCAGACGUCCGCUGGGUCGCUGCUUCAAGCCCUCUCGACUUCCUCCGGCGCCGCAGGCACUACGACCGGCUUCGCCACCCAACCCGCCCCCCUCGACCUCUCCUCGGAAGGCUUCGACGUCGUCUUCGAAUGCACCGGCGUCCCCUCCUGCGUCCAGACCGGCAUCUUUGCCACCAAGGCAGGAGGCAAAGUCGUCCUCAUCGGCAUGGGCAAUCCCGUCCAAACCCUUCCCAUCGGCAAUGCAUCCCUCCGCGAAGUGGAUAUCAUCGGCGUCUUCAGGUACGCGAAUACCUACCCGAUCGCCCUCGGCCUCCUGGCGGGUGGAACGCUGCGCGCUGCCGGCGGUGGACUUCACGCCCAGGCCAACGCCGCCGACCAAGCGGAUGACGUCGAGGGUCAGGGCGCCGGUAGGAAGAUGGGCGGCAUCGAAAACCUCGUUUCCCACGCAUACCCGUUGAAGCACGCCGUCAAGGCAUUCGAGACGCUCGCCAACGGAAAGGACGCCGAGACUGGCAGGGGUGUGGUUAAGGUCUUCAUCACCGAUGAUGAGCCUUGA